AUGGCUUUUACCGCGAAAGAUACCGUGAAGCUGUCACCUGUAUCGAGGGAAGCCACUAUUCGCCGUAGCUUGUCGCCAUGGGUGCAUCUUGCUGCCGGCGCGAGCGGCGGACUCGUCAAUGCCAUCGUCACAUCUCCUCUCGAUGUCCUGAGGACCCGAAUGCAGUCUGACCUUUUCAACAUGACCUCUACAAGCGAAGCCGUCCGCACUUCCCGCCUGGGGUUUCUCCGCCGUACACUUGCUGCCUUGAGCACAAUGCACAGAACCGAGGGCUUCGGCGGCUUAUUUCGCGGCCUCGUCCCCAGUUUGGUCGGCGUGGUGCCCGCCCAGGCCGUCAAAUUCUACGUCUACGGAAACUGCAAGCGUCUCGGCGCGCAGGGUCUGGGCCGCAGCGAGAGCGAUGCCCUGGUGCAUGCGCAGGCAGCCGUCGCUGCGGGCCUCGCGACGGCGACGGUGACGAACCCGAUAUGGCUGGUCAAGACGAGGCUGCAGUUGGACAAGGACCAAUCGCGCGGCGGCGCUCUCUCGAAACAGUACAGCGGCAGCAUUGACUGCGUGCGAAAGAUAUGGAAGCAUGAAGGCCUGCGCGGGUUUUACCGAGGACUCAGCGCGAGCUACCUGGGCACUCUCGAGACGGUCGUACAUCUUGUUUUGUAUGAACAGCUGAAGACGCUAUCUGAAAAACAGAGCAAUGAGGCUUCGCCAUCUUCAACCGGCCGUACUGAACUUGGGAAUUGGGUGAGUACGGCUGGGGCCGCGGGCUGCGCCAAGGUAGCAGCAGUUCUCCUCACAUAUCCCCACGAGCUCUCUCCCGAUUCGUUUCAAGACAGUAGCGUAUUUCGUCAAUCGCCAGUAGGGAAGUCCAGAGCCAUCAUCAAUUGGACCGUGCGCGACCGCCCAGGCAAGGCGUAA